AUGGAUGAUUUAUUAAGUAUAUCAAGGGAAGGAAGGAUAGAAAGAAGAAGGAAUAGAAUUAGAAAAAAAUUAAACAGGACAGAUGAUAUAUUAGAUAAAAGUGAAAAUAAUAUUAAAAAUCAAAAUGAAAUAGAAGAUAAUAAUGAUAAUGAAAUAAUAAAUAAAGAUGAAAAUCAAAUAAUAUAUAAUUUUAAAUAUGAAAAUAUUGAAUGUAAUUUAAAUUAUGAUAACCUAAAAAAAGAAAUCAUCAAAGAUUUUAAUGAAAAAAAAUCUUAUUUUUUAAAUGAUCUAUCUACCAAAAUAAAUAAAGAAGAAAAACCUUUUUUAGAAGAUAUAAAGAAAUAUGUAAUUGAGUUGUCAGAUAAUCAUUUCAUAAUGAACCCAUAUGAAAAAUCAGAAAAAUUAAGUGAGGAAUUGAAUAUUACUUAUCAUUCUGAUUUUCAAAAUAAUAUUGUAGAAAUUAAUAAUUUAAUCUCAAAAGAGAAAGAAACUUAUAAAAAGAAAAUAGAAAAAUAUUUUUGUUUAUUAAAAUAUAAAGAUGAGAAAAUUAAAAAAUUAUGCCAAAUUAAUUCAAAAAAUUUUUCAUCGUUUAUUAAUUUGAUGAGAGAUCAGAUUGAAGGAUACAAGAUAUAUUUAGAAGACAUUUUUAAUAAAACAAGAGAUGAUUUAAAUUUAAAAAGAAAAUGUUUAUUGAAUAGUAAUAAGCAAAUUCUUGAAGAUUUUAUAAGGAUGAGAAAUUUGAAUUCUUAUAAUUUUACUGAUGAAAUGAAAAAUGAAAAGAUACUAAAUGAUAAAAUAAAGAAAAACCAUGAACAAAAUCAUUUAAAUUUAAAGAUAAAAAAUGAAUUACUAGAGAAAAAUUUAAAAAUGAGUAUAGAUUACACAAAAGAUAUUAAUAAUAUAAUUAUAGAAAAAGAAAAAAAUUUAUAUAAUAGAAAAUUAUUACAACAAAAAGACAAUCAUAAUUUAAAAAUGAUAAAUUUUUAUAAACUUGAAAUAAAUAAACUAAGAGAAGUAUUAUUAUCUGUUAAAACUUAUUAUUACAACUAUAAGAUUAAAUCUAAAAAAAAUAUAAACGAGCUAAUUAAUCAAUACGAAAGAAUAAAAUUUCAAUUUAUUGAAUUACAAAAAAGACAGAAAAAUUAUGAACAAAAUUUUCAAAAAAAAUAUUCGAAAGCAUGGGAAUUGCAAAAAAGUGAAGCUAAUAAAUAUAUUGAAAAAUUAAUAAACGCAAACAAAAUUAUACAUGAACAAGUAUUUUUAAAAGAAUUUUAUAAAGAAAAUUGUGAAUAUUUAACAGAAGAAAAUAACAAUUUAUCUUCUACAACUAUUAAAGAUGAUGAAAAAUUCAAAAUAGAUGUAAUUGAUAAAAAGGUUUCAAUUUAUGAAAUAGAAAAUGUCAAGAAGUUACUUUUACAAGAAUGUAGUUUCCUUAUAGAUGAUGUAGAAAUGAAAGAAUUCAUUAAAGUUAAUAAAGAAAAUAAUAACAUAAUUUAUAUAUGUUUAUUUUUACAGAAUGCAGAUGAUGAAGAAGAAAAAUUAAGAAAAAUUUUAAAAUGUAUUGGUGUUUAUAAUCAAAACGAUUUAGAAUUAUUAACUCAAUUAUUUUAUAUUGAUGACUAUGAAGAAAAAGGGGAAAAGGAAGAACUCAAAAGGAGAGAAAAAAGUUUAUGUGAUAACAGGGAAUAUACGUUAGAUAUAAUUUUUAAAUAUUAUCAGGAGAAAGAAAAAGAAAAUUUGUGUAGAAUAACUAAAAAUAAACAAAAAUAUAAAAACAGAUUAAAUAUUUCUUUAAAACUAGUAAUUGAAAGAAAAAAACAAGAAAAAGAGUAUUGGAACAACUUAUCACGUAUAAUACCAGAUGAUAUGAUAAAACUAUGGAAGACUUUUUUAAUUUUUGUUGAAAAGUAUUAUUAUAUAUUAAAAGAAAGGGAAAACAUCAUCAAAAAUAUUUUUAUGGAAGAAAAACUAAUCAAAGAAAAUUUAAAUAAAAUUAAUGAAAUGAAUGAAUCUAUAAAAAAAUUAUAA